AUGUUUUGCCCGUUGAAAUUCAAACCGAGCGCGAAAUUGCUGAGGGGGUUGGUAGAAGCGCGCAAUUCCUUCGUGAUAUCCAAGUUCAGUAUCUCUGACAAUACUCCGGAGGUGCUAAAGUUCUACAGCGAGAAUCCUUGGGAUCUGGGGGGAAAGUACCCUACUCUGACGGAAAAUGACUACACCAGGUUCAUCAGUAAGCGGGCCUUGAAGAGAGAACCAGCGCUCACCAGACAAAUCACGUCCCUAGCCUACAAGGUAGGCAAGCAAGUGAUCUCGCUAGCGGAAGGAAUGCCAAAUGAGGAUAUGUUCCCGUUCAGCCGGCUACACCUGCAGACCAAGAAUGGUGGUGAAAUGGUUCUGGAGGGGAAGGAGCUAGCUACUGCACUGCAGUACAUGCCUUCUCAAGGGUACCCUGCGCUGCUAUCCGAGUUACGUGUAUUCCAGCAAGAGUUGCACCGGCCUCCACGCGCCUGUGACGUGAUGGUGGUCAACGGUGCGCAGCACGGCAUCUACCAGUGCGUGGACAUGCUCCUGGAUCCAGGCGAUCCGGUCAUCCUCAGCGAGUUCUCCUACACCGGAGCGAUCAGUGUGCUGAGGCCGUACGACCCCGAGAUCAUCUCUAUCCCGGAGGAUGAGAGCGGCAUAAUGUCCGAGACAUUGGAGGCAGUGCUGGAAAGCAGGUUAGCCCGCGGGCUCAAGAUGCCGAAGAUAUUGUACGUGGUUCCAACCGGGAGUAACCCAACUGGGCUCAUCAUUACAGAGCAGAGGAAGAAAGAGCUUUAUGAACUGGCAUGCAGAUACGACUUCCUAAUCAUUGAAGACGACCCUUACAUGUUUUUAAAUUAUUCUGGGGAGCGCACUGCGUCCUUCCUGUCACUUGACGUUUGCGGUCGAGUGCUCCGCCUGGACUCCGUGUCGAAGGCCCUGAGCGCUGGGCUGAGGCUGGGUUGGCUUACCGCUCCAGCUGCACUUGUGGAACGCGCAGAACUCCACUCCCAGGCUGAGUUGCUCCACCCUUCGACGCUUUCACAGGCGAUCAUCCUCCAGUUUAUACAGCGGCGUGAGGAGCUAGCGGAGCACAUGGUGCGAGCGCGCUCCUUCUAUCGCGCGCGGAGGGAUGCUCUGGCGGAAGCGUUGAGCGUCCUGGGCGGCUUGGCCCUCUGGACUCCACCGCAAGCCGGCCUCUUCUUCUGGCUGCGCGUGCACGGCGUCGACGACGUGUACAACAUGGUGUUCCAUCGCGCAUUCGAGCGCGGCCUUAUGCUGGUACCGGGCCAGGCCUUCGUGUACGACACCAGCGUCCCCUGCCCUUACCUUCGGCUCACCUUCAGCAAGAUACCAGAAAAAGACAUGCAUCGAGCGGCAGAGCAUCUCGCAGCCAUUAUCCGGGACGAGCAAAAGAUCGUGCACAAACUGGCAGAGGUUGGCCAG